AUGUUCGAGUUACUUUCGGAUGAUGUGACCAGACGUAUCUAUCAGCAUUUGAACGCACAGGAACGAGGUCGCUUCGCCUCUCUGAAUCAAUCACUACGAAGGCUUUUCAAGACGUGGGAUGAUGUGCAGUGCUGUUCGGUGCGUUCUGAUGGACUGUCGUUGGCGGGUGAAAGUUAUGUUUUUGAGCAUGAACCAUUUGUGAGUUGCUUGAAAAGAUGUCCUUGGAUUCGCAAACUUGCCGUUCACGAUGUACGUGUGCUUGCUGAAGCUGAUAUCAGCUUGAUCGGAUAUCUUGGAAACUUAGACGAACUUCACAUACCAAGCGAUCUAUUCGAUAGUCGAGUUCCAAGGAAACAGCUGAUUGAGUCGUUGCUCUCGUUACCAAAAUUACGAAUACUUUGUGUUCAACAACGAUAUUGCGAUGAUAAAUCACAUUUGAAUAUAUUCACCGCAGAUCAUGCAAUUGCAAUUAAAUCCAAAAACGUGACACACAUCAAACUACAGGCAGUGACAGUAUCCUCGGAUGCCCUCGAAAUGCUCAGCGUGAAAUAUCCACAAACACUGCAAAAAUUAUGUCUUAUUGGAUCGUUGAUGCAUACACACGAUAUUAACGUUUAUUUCAAUGCGAUUAAUCGAUUCGAUAAUUUGUCAGCACUUACAAUACCACCGUCACUUUACUCGAUCAGUCCAUCAAACGAAGCGUUCUUCGCAGCCAAAUAUCCAUCUCUUCAAAAUCUUCAAGCCCUUCAAACUCUGGCCGUAUUCGUUUCGAGACCAGAUGUAAACGAGCUGAAACGAUUUGUUUACGCUGUCCUCCCAACAACACUACAAGAUCUGAUUUUAUUCGAUGCAUCUUAUCAGCUUGAACUGUCUGUAAAAGAUGAACUAGGCAGUCAUAUGCCAAAGGUUAGCAUAUUUCAUUUGACCAUUGACAAAAUUGACGCGAAGGGAGAAUCGUGUCUCGGAAAAGAAGAUGUACCGCAUUUGACAACAUAA